ACAAAGGGCAUGCCAAAGGUGCGCUUCGUUAAAAGGCCGCCAGAUGGCGGUUGGGGUUGGGUGGUUGUGGCAGGCACGUUCUUCAUACAUGUCCUAGUUCCCGCCUCCACCCUAGCCUUCGGAGUGUUCUUCGCAGAGUUCCGGGAAGUUUUCCAGCAGGGUGCCGGCCUCACGUCCCUCAUCAGUUCUAUCCUAGGCGCUGUUCUGUUGAUGUGCUCUCCCUUUGCCGGUGCCAUGAGCAACCUGACCAGCUGCCGUACUGUGAUCAUCGCAGGGGGCGUCAUUUCUGCCGUGGGGCUUGUCGUCAGCUUCUUCGCACAGACGAUGAUACACCUGUUCUUCAGCGUGGGCAUCCUCACGGGGUUUGGUUUUUCUCUGAUGUUCGCCCCAAGCCUUGCUAUGAUUGGACACUAUUUUGACAAGCGGCACGCCACAGCCAAUGGGAUCGCAAGUUGUGGAUUUGGGGUGGGCCAAUUGGCCCUCCCACCACUCUUCCAGUUCCUUAUUGAUGAGUUUGGAUGGAGGGGAGCUCUACUAAUUGUCGCAGGUCUAACAUUGAAUAACUGCGUUUGCGGUGCCCUGAUGAGACCAAUACAUCUGGAAGAAGAACGUAGCAAAGAACAAAUUGACAGAAAAUCACAGAGUAGUACUGAUAAAGAAGUGCCAGUAGUCCACGUUCCUUUCCAUCAGAAGAUCGCGGAAACGUUUCAUGUCGAAUUGCUGAAGAACCGUCAUUUUCUUGUCUUCAGUGUAUCAAUGUUUGGGAUGGUUCUGGGCAACUCUGCGUUUGUACACCUUGUAGCCCACGCUCAAGACUCGGGCGUGGAAAAGACGCGAGCUGCUUUCUUGAUAUCCAUCAUGGGAGUGUCGGAAACUCUCUCAAGACCGAUGAACGGUUGGUUGUCAGACAGAGGAAAGAUUAGUAAGGUCUACUAUUACAUGAUUGGCGUUACCGGACUGGCCAUAGCUAACCUCGCCAUACCGUUCGCAAAUACCUACACGGGUCUUGGGGCGUGUAUGGUGUUGUACGGAUUUUCCUCAGGCAUUAUCUACCCGUUAGUCGCCGUGUUGGUGUGUAGAUACAGCGGAGCUUCCAAGAUGUCCAGCGGGCUGGGGUGGAACUUCGUCUUCCAGGGUGUCGCCUUCCUGCUUGGACCUCCCAUUGCAGGUUGGCUGUAUGAUGCGACUGGAAACUACGACUGGUCUUUCUUCGCGGCUGCCAUCUUUAUUUUCGCGUCAGUGCUCGUGCUUCUCCUCAACCCGUGCUCAACAACCAGAAGGACACUUGGCCCCGGUAUACGUACCGGUCAACUUCCAGACCAGUGCGACGGAGUAGUUGUUCUUAGUCACAUGCCGAGGGCGGGAUAGAGGAGUUCAAAUAGACCUCAAGACAAUAUCAGAAUAUUUGUGUUUUUUUGGAAAUAUGCAUAGUGAAUAGAAUGUCAA